AUGCAGGGAUAUCUUGUAUUGUGGUUGGUAAGUACCGCAAAGGUCGGGAUUAGUGAGUAUAGUGUGAUGUUAUUGUGGAAAUAUUCUGUUUUGCUACUCAGGGUAUUGGUUGUUGAACUUAUUGAACUCCCAAAUUCAGUGAAAAUUUUAAUGGAUGAGACUGGAUAUGAAAUGUUGGAUGAAGAAGCCGGUGACUAUGGAGAUGUGUUGCAGUUGAGUAAGGAAGAGAUAAUGAAUAAGGCUUUCCGAAGCGAUGAAGCAGCAUAUGAAUUUUACAGGAGGUUCAGCAAAUGUUUUGGUUUUGGUAUUCGAAAGGGUGACUUGGGAAAAGAUGAAAGUGGAAGGGUUAUUCGUUGUAGAUUUUUUUGUAAUAGAGCCGGCCUGCGACAACGUCAUCACUAUGAUAGGCUAGAUAGGCAGAGAGGUCAUAGACCAGAAACGCACACAAAUUGUCAGGCAAAGCUGUCAGUCUACCUUGAUGUGGUCAGUGGUAUAUGGAGGGCUCAUGGUGUUUCGACGUCCAAGAUUAUGGGGUAUAUGGCUGGACAGGCUGGUGGCUAUUCUCUAAUGGGCUUCACUAAGAAGGAUGCUUACAAUUAUAUUAACAAGGCUAAGCGUGCAAAGAUUAUUGAUGGGGACGCCAACGCGGCUGUUGUAUACUUGGAGGGAAAAGCGAGGGCAGAUCCGAUGUCGAUGGCUAGGUAUAAUCUUACUAAGGAUAAUAUGCUGGCCAAUAUGUUUUGGGCGGAUGGUGGUAGUAGAGUUGAUUACCAAUACUUUGGGAAUGUUCUAGCCUUUGAUUCGACCUACAAGAAAAAUAAAUAUCAGAGGCCGCUGGUGAUAUUUUCUGGUGUGAAUAACCAUAAGCAGACGACAAUAUUUGGGUUUGGGUUUGUGUUAGAUGAAAGUGUUGGGCCUUAUAAGUGGUUGCUGGAAAAUUUGUUGGAAGUCAUGUGUAACAAGAAGCCGUCAGUUGUCGUCACGGAUGGCUGUAAUUCAAUGAAAGCUGCAAUCAAGUCUGUUUUUCCAGAGGCAACGCAUCGAUUGUGUGCUUGGCAUAUGGAGAAGAACGUAACUGCUAAUGUGAAGGAAGAGGGACUGCGGCAAUGUUUCACCCGGUGGCUGUACUCGGAGAUGGAAAUAGAUGAAUUUGAGGCUGAGUGGGAUGAUGCAGUUGAAGAGUAUGGGUUGCAAAACAGUUUUUGGGCCAAAGAAACUUUUCAAAAAAGGAUGAUGUGGGCUAAUGCGUAUCUACAAGACAAGUUCUGUGCAGGCUUUCGGACAACAUCCCGGUGCGAAGGCAUUAACGCGUAUGUGAAGAAUUUCCUUAAGUCUAGGCACAGUCUCCUUGAUAUGGUUCAAAAUUUGGAGUUGGUUGUGCGAGAGUACCGCAAUAAUGAAUUGCUUGCACAAUUUAGAUCAUUCCAUGGGAUGCCGGUUAUGACAACUUGUUUGGAUCCUCUUGAAAAGUAUGCUGCAGAUGCAUACACGCGGGAGAUAUUCGUUGAUGCGAAGAAGGAAAUAGUGGGUGCCGGUGCAGUUAAUUUUGUAGCCAAGAUUAGACGUUCAACUACAAUGGUGUACACAUUGGAGGAAUAUGGAGACCCAGGUAGAGAGGUGAUUGUGUUGUACGAUAGGGUUUCAAUGAAAAUGGAGUGCCGAUGCAAUUUUUGGAGCCAAAAGGGAAUUCCUUGUCGUCACAUGUUUUUUGUAAUGAAGCAUGAGCAUUUGACUCGAAUUCCUGAAAGGAUGGAUUUGAAGAGGCGGCGCAAGGAUGCAAAGUCGUUGGAUAAAUAUGCCGAGAUAGAGGAAGCGCUUAACGGUCUCCACACGCUAUGUCAGGAACUGGAUAGAGGCCAUGAAAAUGUCCGUCAGAACAAAGCAUAUGACACGGUUGAAAUGCAUGACCCUGCUGUGGUGAAGACCAAGGGUGCCCCUCGUGUGAGGAGGCAGGGCGGAUGGAAAAGGCGAUGCACCCGUUGCCGUAAAACGGGGCACACAAAACGAUACUGCAAUGCCGAUGGUGCCUUUGUAUCAAAAGCUAAAGACAACAAAGAUUUUGAGGCAACAAAUUUAGGGUCGGAGGGGUCAUCGCCAACGGAAGGGGUCCGGUUAGAACAGGGCAAAACGGGUGAUCUUAGACCCAACAAUUUGGCUACGCAGGUUUGCUCAGAGUCAUCAGGUUCGAAGAUUAGAUUACAACAUGAAAUUCCUGUUGCAACUGGAUGUAAUGAGACUAUGGAAUGGGAGAGGAACAUGAUAAGUAACACCGAUGAUUUACUAGCACAGUUCAAGACUGGGUUCGAAAGUAGACGUAGUGAGACUAUGGAAUGCAAGAGGAACGUGAUACGUAACACCGAUGAUUUACUAAAACAGCUGCUGACUCAAAUAACUGAUAUCAGUUCAAGACUGGGUUCGAGGUUCCCUGCAUAA